UUUGGAGGAGAGUUUUUUUCUCUUGCAUCAACAAAAGAUCUUAAAGAUAAAGACACAAUUAAGGUUGUCCAUAUUGUUGAUAUCUCCCCAAUCCAAUUUGUUGUAACUGACCUGGAUAGAUCCAACACAAGUGCAGCCAGCAGCUCAGACACAGGUGCAGCCAGCAGCUCCAAUCAGCCUGCCAGUACUGCUUCAUCUGAAUCCGGUGAUACAAUCAUCCUGUCAUCACCUGAGCAAGGAAAUCUGCGCUCAAAGUCUUGGCCCUCCGAAUUUCCAAUACCACGUUUCCGCAAUGACACAGAGCUUGUGCUAGCAGCUGGUAAUGAAGCUUUCAAUAAAGAUGGAUGUCCACUCAGCUCUACUGCCAUCGUAGCAGACAUCUUUGAGAGAUUAGCUGAAAGCAUCUUUGAGUAUGUUGCAUAUCCUACAAGCGCACAAUGUGCUGAUAUAGCAGAAGCACUGAUUCGAAAACAUCCUUGCCUGAAAGAACCAGGGUCCUACAAUGGAUGUUACGGAUGGCAACAAAGACUGAAAUUUAAAAUGGGCAAUUACAGAUCGAAACUUAGGGGUCUUGGGUGCCCUGAGCUUGAUGUUAACUCCCUCCAAAAAAAGCGAGCCAAUGAGAAGACGCCUGCAAAGAAUGUGAAGAAAGCUCGGAAGGGUGAGGCAAACUACCUGCCACCUCAUCCACUAGGAGAAACCAAAGAAAGCCUUGAACAACAAAGACUGGAUCUUCUAAGUGAGGUAAAGAAGAGAAAUAAUUCCAACAUCAUCGGUGAGAAAAUGGAAAGGACCUUUUCCACUCGGAGACAAGAAGUUGUCACCCUGGCUCCACAUGUCAGUGACUUGAAGGAGCGAUGGCCUGCUCUAUUUCUUCCAGAGCAGAUCAAGGAAGAAUAUAAAAGAAUAACCACUGCCAAUCUGGAGUCAACUUUUAUGGCGAAUCUGGACCAUUGCAUACCAAGAUUGAUGCUGUUGGUGAUGUCAAGAGGAGGGGCUGCCAAAUUUAAGAUCCAGAAAAUCAUGGAACUUCUGAAGAUCAACACAGUUGAAAUUCGCAGAGAGGUUGCCAUUCGCUGCUUAGUGGUCUACCUUGGGGAAAAUGAGGACAAUCUUCUCGAAUAUGUGGAUUCUGAGAGCCAAACUGGAGAUCUUGAGGGUCGGGUGAUGAAGAUCCUAGUCACCAAAGGUGCUACAGCAUCUGAUCCAGCCAGCGCAACCAUCAUCAUAGAGGGCACAGAAGUCCUGCAGGGGUUGGAUGUGCCAAGGGCCUGUGCUUUGCUGAUGGGCCUCAUCUAUGCCCUCAAUCUGAGCUACCCGCGAGAGCUGAAGUACACUUGUGAGGUAUUUCAGAAGGUGUUCCUGAAAUUAGAUAGUCAAAAAUGCAGCCCAAAAGUCACAUCUCUAAAGCAAAAACUGCUAGGAAACCCUUUUGAACCUCCUAGCUGAAAAUCAAAAAUGGACACCUCUCAUUUGUGCUGUGAUGGACUUGCUGUUCGAGUUGUUUUUCCGAGAUUAUGCAAUGCAAUGUCAUUCAGCCUACAUCUGAGAUGGUUGCUGCUCAUGUUAUUCGGGUCUUUGAAGUUGAUUGUCGUUGAUUGUCUGGAGAGCUGGAAUAUUGGUGAGUGUAUUGUCCUUAGCUGACCCAGAAUGUUAACUGUUCUUGAUGGUGCCUUACUUGCCCUUAAUUUGGAUGGAUAAGUAUAAAGACAUAGUUCAUUAGUUUGCCAAAAUGUAGAAAUGUCCUUCUACCUCAGUAAGAGUCACAGUCGUUUGAAGUCACUGACUCAACUCGUUAAUGAUUAUUCUCUGAAUCUAGAGCUGUUUAACCUGUUUAAAUCCCAAACAAAUCUAAAAAUAUUUUCCCUAGCACAUAAACUGUAUGUACAGUAUUUUUUCCCUUUUAUGAUUAAGUUAAUGAAAAGUUUUAUCCUUGGUCAUUGGGAGUGGAGGGAAACAGCAUAGACCUAGUUUAAAUUAAAAUAUAAAAUGUAAAAUAAAUAAAUAAAUUGACAUGUGCAACAUAUAACACCUAGGCACACUACAGUACAUACACACAUACACAUACACACACUAACACUAAAUACACACAUAACAACACACUGUACA